GGGGGGAGCUACACAGCCGCUGCAGCUAUCCACGCGAUAUCUUGCAGAAAUAACGCGAUAGUUGCUCCUUGUUUAGAAUCCCUGAAAGAUGGCGGCGCCUCCUCCAGAUGAGGCCAGCCUGCAGUCUCGCAUCAACAAGGCCACCAAUCCUCUGAAUAAAGAGACUGACUGGGACACUAUCAAGGGGUUUUGUGAUCAGCUGGACCAUGAACCAGAAGGUCCUCAGCUCGCAACCAGACUACUGGCCCACAAAAUUCAGUCACCACAAGAAUGGGAGGCGAUGCAAGCGCUAACGGUUCUUGAGACGUGCAUGAGGAACUGUGGAAAACGCUUUCACAGUGAAGUGGGAAAGUUUCGUUUUCUUAAUGAGCUCAUCAAGGUGGUCUCACCCAAGUAUUUAGGAGCCCGGGCUCCUGAGCCGGUGAAGAAGAAGGUUUUAGAAAUGAUGUACAGCUGGACGGUGAGGCUGCCCGAUGAGAGUAAGAUCGCGGAUGCAUAUCAGAUGCUGAAAAAACAAGGCAUUGUCAAGCAGGAUCCUGCACUUCCUGAUGACAAGCCCCUCCCACCCCCUCCACCCAGAUCCAAAACUGCCAUCUUUGAGGAUGAGGAGAAAUCCAAGAUGCUGUCUCGCUUACUGAACAGCACUCACCCUGAUGAUUUAAGAGCAGCAAACAAGCUCAUAAAGGAAAUGGUUCAGGAGGAUCAAAAGCGUGUGGAGAAAGUAUCAAAGCGGGUGAAUGCAAUCCAGGAGGUGAAGGAGAGCGUGAGCCUGCUGAGCCAGCUGCUGGAGGGCUACAGCAAGGAGAGCUGCUCCCAGAGCAACCAGGAGCUCAUUAAGGAUCUUUACCAGCGCUGUGAAAAGAUGAGGCCUACGCUCUUUCGAUUAGCGAGCGACACAGAGGAUAAUGAUGAAGCUUUAGCGGAUAUCUUGCAAGCCAAUGACAGCUUGACACAAGUCAUCAAUCUGUACAGGCAGCUCAUAAAGGGGGAAGACGUGACAAAAGACGACAUAACUGUGUCCUCACAACCAGGUGGCAGUAGUUCAGCGCUUGUAGACCUGACGGGACUUAACGUCUCAGCCAACGCAGCACCGUUUAACUCGGAGUCAUCCAGCCUGCAGGCUCUGACUCAGAACAUGGGCUUAAGCCUUUUGGAUGAUGAACUCAUGUCACUGGGACUGAAUGUAACAGAAAACUCUGACUCUCACAACACUUUCCAGUCGUCAGAUGUCACCACUAUCACGGAAACAUCUGCUCCUGCAUCCGUAAAAGCUGCACUGUUGCUACCAGCUGUGGCACAAACGCAGCCGGCUGCGCCAGUAGGGGGCUCCACUGCUCCACCUAAAGCCAUGGACGAGCUGGACCUGCUGGGAAAGACAUUGAUGCAGCAGUCCUUGCCUCCCGAGAGCCAGCAAGUCAAAUGGGAUAAGCUCCAGCCUCAUUCUAGAGUCACUUUACGAGAUCUCCAGACCAAGUCGGCCACCAACUCCAGGCCUCCUCCUACUCUAAACACCGCCUCCACUGCUGCGGGUCCAGCGUCCAGCCUGGCCAACCACUCUGACGGGCCACAGCCUGACGCGCUUCUCCUCUCCAAUCUUAACCUCACAGUUGUUGACAAAGGCUCGCUACCUGCUGACCCCUAUGACAACAUCUCUCUCGCUGAUGUUACUGUUCCCCUUGAAUCAAUCAAACCUAGCACCUUGUUACCAGUGACUGUAUUCGACAAACACAGUCUGCGGGUUUUGUUCACCUUUGCCCGUGACUGUCCUCCGUCACGACCUGACGUGCUGGUGGUGAUCAUCUCCAUGCUGUCGUCGGCCCCCAUUCCCGUCACCAACAUCCGCUUCCAGGCGGCCGUGCCCAAAGUGAUGAAAGUGAAGCUGCAGCCUCCCACUAGCACUGAGCUCCCAGCCUUCAAUCCCAUCCUGCCUCCUGCUGCCAUCACACAGAUACUGCUGUUGGCUAACCCUCACAUGGAAAAAGUGCGUUUGCGAUACAAGAUAACUUUCAACCUGGGAGACAAGUCCCAUGACGAAUCCGGGGACGUUGACCAGUUCCCGCCUCCAAACACGUGGGGGAGCCUUUAGUGAGAAGGCCCAGUCUCCCUGUCCGUCAUCUGAAGUGCUGCUUCCGUUACAUUUAGGUUGAAGUUAUCCCUCAACACCGGCUGCGGCGUGACGUCCUCUUUCCUCCUCAGUCGUUUGGAGAUUAAAAAAAAAAAACAGACGUGAGAGCAGUUGUGGGAACCAGCUUCUACCUUGUGCCUUCCCUCACGGCCUUCCUGUCCUUAUUCAGUUGUGUUCCGAGUGUUGCCACUUUCUUUUCCUUUCUGACAAUCGGUCCAGUGCUGUCAUAUAAAGCCAACUGUCAGAAACAUUCAAUGCAGUGACUUUUGAGCCUCUCUAAAACCGAAUGUGUGAAUUUGUCCCACGUCAUGUGAAUUACAUGUUAACAGCUGGUGUCUCACGUUAUGUUUAUUUUACAAAACCAGACUGAUGCAUUCCUGCUUUGGGUUUCAAACAUUCAGAUUCACGUUACAGGUGUUACAGUUUGCAUGUCCAGUGUUUACUCGGUUUGCCGCAGAUGGUUUUCAUUGAGUCCGUAUGUCAAACUUCAAGUCAGCUAAAUGCUUCUACGUGUUCCAGUAAUUCUACCAAAAGCCAAAUCUAACAUGAUUAGUGGAAUUUAAUAUCCAGUCAUAAAUCACGAUGUAUUUACUUUUUGUCUUGAGGCGGAGGUGCAACACUCUGGGAAAGCACUUUAAGUGAGAACUGCUGGUAUUCGUUGUCGGACCCAUGGAAGUAAUUAAACUAAAUGUAACAGUCGGCUCCAGAACAGACUUGAUUCUGUUCAGAGCUGGUCUCAAAGAUGCAGUAUCUAUCCAGGGAGCAUAUAUACAUAUAUAUAUACAUAUAUAUAUAACAAAUUGGUACUUAGUUUUUAAGCAUCAAAUUGGUUUUAAUAUAUUUGAUUAAACUACAGUUCAGUAGUGUUUGUGUCUUACGCUGUGACAUCUUGACACAUCAGAGUCAGAAGAGCGCGGGUAUUAAUGACUGAUAAUGAUGGAUUUAUUCUGUUCAGCUCUUCCCUCCAUCCUGAUAUUAAGCCAACAAGAAGAAAACUAAGAUUCUGAAACUGAACCAGCCAUUAUUAAUGCUAUUCCUUAUUCCUGUGCUUUUCCUUCUGUCAAAAUGCCUAUGAACAAAAGGCACUAAAUAUCCAAGAUUAGAACACUUUUUUUUUACAUUAUGUUCCACUCAGGAUUUUGAUUUGAAGAUAUUCUUUUCUUAUUUAGAUGCACUUUUUUUUUUUUUAUAUAAUUUUGCACCUGAAAUCAUUCCUUUUUACAGUACAUGUGUCUUUUGUUUUUGUUUCUGCCUUUGUGCUGUUGAUUGACCCAAAGAGGGGCAUGUGAAGUCCUGACAUCUGGUUUGAUUCUACCACAUGUGCCUGAGAUGACGCCGUUGAUUUUUUCUGCUUGCUCUGUACAUAUAUGUAAACAAAUGACUGGUUUGAUUUUUGUUUAUAGUCAUGUGUUCAUGAAAAGACUUCAGAUGAUGUUACAGAAUCAUUCUAAUAUCCAGUUGUCAGGCUGAUUGAAGCGCUGGUCUGUGAUCCGGUCCUAGAUCAUAAAGACUAAAAUAAAGUGGCAGAGGCAGAUGGGCUCCAUCUGACAACUAAAAUAUGAAAUACAUGUGUAAUUACAGAAAGGAUUUAACCGUCACGAGGGCUCGAUCUAAGAAUGGCCUAAUGAGCAACACCUAUUCAGCUGUACACGUAUGUGAAACCAUGUUAAAUUUAAUAUAUGGGCCAAUAUCAAACCAUUAUAAGACUGUGCCAUUUAUAAUAUCACAAAGCUGUUUCAGUCAACUCACAGGCACAGUCAGAAGGCUAAACUAUAACAAGAAGAAAUCAACAAUCAAAUCAUUUUUUUUUUAUGUUGUUGAUCCAGCAGUGUAGAUUUAACUUGUCACCAUUAUUUACUGUAAAUAUGCUGUUAAAGGGCUGUAACAGAUUUGGCUGUUGGCAUCAAAUUAAUAGGGAGGGGAUCUAAUUUGCCUUAUUGACAGCAUCAUAGCUACAUGUCUCCUAUCAGUGUCCCAUCAGAGUUGUGCAGUAGCUCUUUCUUUUAAGCAGGUUUAUUCAGUAAAACUACUCCCAUAGCGACUACAGCUGUUCAUUCCUAACAACAGGACUCGGCCUUAAGUAUUAACUAAACAUUUAUAAUUAGUCAGCCGUGUCACCAGUGAUGGUUGAUACGACCGGGUAGAAAGGAAAAGCCUGAAAUGUUUGGGGUGAGUAGUCCCAGGUGUGUAUUAAAGCUCACCAGUCUCAGAUUCUCAGUCUUAAUUAAAGAACUUGCAUCAUGCAGAACGUGGAUCAGAAUUAACUACUUCAUCAACUGCUCCAUUAACGACCCAAUGUGUGUCAAUCAACUAUAUUAGGUCCAGAUUUGCGUCAACAGUUGGAACAAUGUUUGGAUGCAUUACUAAUGAAGGGAAUAAUAUAUAUUUAUAUAUUAUAUAUAUUUAUUAACCAUUAAAAACACAGGUGUACAUGCAGCUGAGUACAAACUGAGAAUGAAAGGCAAAUGUGUAUUUAAAGCAAAUAAAGUCACUUGUACAAUAAGUCGCCCAGGUCAUGGUAUAUACAACACAAACAAAAAAAACAAACAAAAA